ACAACUGCACGGCGCGCUCCCUCCAUUAAUGAUAUAUUAAUUCUAAAUAACUGAAAAUAAAAUUAAAUAAAAAUAAUAUUAAUAAUAACGAACGCGCGGUGCACGAUUUCCUGACAACAAUUUAGUUUCGCUUUUCAUUGCAUUUUCCCUUUGUGUUUUCCACACACGUGUUUUUCUGUUACUCGCAUUUCGGCCGUGGUUUUUUUUUCUGGGUUACAUUGAAAAAAAUACAUCGACUGCCAGCCGAAUCCCCAUUCGAACCUUAAUUUGACCAAUUGACGGAAAAUUAAUUGCGCCCAAAAUUAAUUAGCAAGCGAAUAAAUAAUUUUUUUUACGUGAAACGAGCUUGUUAUUUGUCAAAAUGAUUUUACAACUGAUUGUGUUUAAGUAAACUAACCUGAGAUAUCUAUGUGUUUUGUGCUCCGAUCCGAGAUUCCAAUAUUGCGAUCACACCCUAAAUGCCUUUCGUCGAGAGAUUUCAACAAAUACGUAAUUUUGUUAUGAACGUCUGCCUCGUCGAGGCCAUCCAAUUCGUCCAGGACCUCACGCACGCCCUCUGCCUGGACCUCCAGGGCCUGUUCAACCUCAAGUAGAGAUCCCCGAGCGAUCGCGAUCUGCCAGCGCUCAUCUCAUCAAAACACAACUUGCAUUACCCAUCCGCACGCAUCUCUCAUCGCUGACCAAAAACGCCUCGACAUCUAGACGGACAUUUUUCUUGGUUUUUAAAACUAAACGACUCUUCGGUACACUCACCUACACCU